UUUUGCAAUUAAAAAACAAAUUUUUUCAUUUUCAAGACAGCUGUUGAUUUAUUUUCUGCGCUGAAUCCGUUCAUAUAAAACGUAACCAAAAAUGAUGCAAUCCGAUUGGUUAAUAAUAACGUUCGAUGAAAAUAGUGUUUCGAACGUUGAACGGCCAUUAAUGUUUUUCGGUUUUUGUUGUUUUCAUUGAUUGAAUUGAAUUUAAUUUGAUUUGAUUUGAUUCUUGUACAAAAAAAUGUAUCAAAUACAAUUUAACAGUAAUAAAAAUAAUGAUCAUGAUGGUAAUAAAAUUGAAGUAUCCGAUCAUUAUCCAGUGAUGAAAUCAUCUAAAUUCGAUAUCGAUAAAAAUAUGGCUCAAGUUGUUGUGGCAGCAUCUUCGACGGCGAAAAAAAGGACUAACAAUUCUGUUGUGGUGAAAUCGAAUUUGGCCAUAAAUGAUGGACCACCGGUAAAUUAUCGUUUAAUUCAUCAUCUAUAUGUUCAUUACAAGUCAACAACAAUUCAAUGUCAAUCACUUUGGUCAUCAAUAGCUCAUGAUUAUAAUCUAGUAUUAUUCACCAAUUAUACAGCAAAGGAAAUUGAAAAUUUCUGGCGUCGUAUGCCAUUGAUGGAGAAACGUAAAAUUGAUCUACAACAUUAUGAAAAUUUCGAUGAUUCAAAUGAUGAAAAUAUCAAACCAUCAUCAUCGUCACCACAACCAGAAAAAAAGGCUAAAAAAGUGGCUAAAAAAUCGAAAAAACCACCAUCAGCCACCACUACUGUUACUAAUAAUGGUGGGAAUAAAAAAAGGAAAAAUUCCAAAGCUCAACCUGUGAAAGUGGAUAAAUCUUGUCAAAUUAAUAAUGAUGAUGAUAAUAAUAAUGGCUCGUCUAUCGUUCGACAACAAACAGAACUUAACGAAUUGGCUAAAGAAGAAUAUCGAUUGAAAAUUGAAAUUUUAAAAAUACGUCUUGAAUAUAUGAAACAACAAUAUCAACGAAUGUUUUCCAAUAGUAACAUACAAUAGUAGUAGUGGUAUUGAUUCCACAUGUUAAUUUUGAUCUCUUUUUUUUCAUUCAUUUAGAUUUACAUUCAACAAACAAAUCAUUAUGUAUA